AUGGUUCAGGAGUGGUGGCAUGUCCGCUGGAUAGAGGAGAAGAUGCUGUGUCCCAACUGCAGUGAGGAGUUCUUUUCCAUCAAGGCAAUCAUUCUCCAUCUUGAUUCUCCAUCUACCUGUUGGCCACACGAAUCACAUCCACAUCAAUUUCCAAUUCCACCUGGAUUGUUGCAAGAGGAUCAAUAUGAUUAUUGCAGGAAAAUAAAUACAUAUUACCCUUUUCAUGAUGAAGGGGAGUGGGAAUUGGCGAGGUUUCUAGUUGAAAACCUCACUCAAACUCAGAUUGACAAGUUUUUGAAGCUGAAAUGGUUUCACACCCGCCCAAGACCAUCUUUCACAUCAAAAGAUCAACUUCUCGACUGGAUUGACGCACUCCCCUCUUUUGUGCCGUGGAAAGUCUCGACCAUGGAGUUUACAGGCUACAAGACAACCUAUCCUUUGCAACUCAUCUGGCAUGAUGCUCUCGAAGUUGUCAAACAGCUCUUUGGCGAUCCCAUUUUUGCCAAUCACAUUACUUUUCAGCCACAUGUUGUUGACGUUGGGGGUCAGCGUGAAUAUGGGGAUUAUAUGAGCGCCAAUAUGGCAUGGAAAAUUCAGGACCAUCUCCCAGUAGGUGCUACACAAGUACCGAUCAUCCUGGGAUCAGAUAAAACACCUGUGACGCGCACUACCGGAGGGCUUGAGAUGCACCCACUCUUCAUUACGAUUGGCAACCUCGAUUCAGAAGUUCGCUCCAAGGCUACACUACGAGCUUGGCGGUGUAUUGCUUACAUGCCCAUCGCCAAGUUUCAUGUGCAUCCUGAUUAUCAGAGCAUUCUGCAAGCACGUCUGUGGCAUAAAUGUGUUGAUCUUGUCUGCGCCAAUCUCAAGAUUGCAGCAAAAAAUGGUUGUUUUAUGCCUGAUCCUUCCCAAUACAUUUGUUAUGUCUUUACACCUCUCAUCACUCAUGAGGCUGAUCCUUGGGAUCUCAAUAAAUUCCAGAAGGCAGCAAAAGCAGUCCAUCUGUCGGGAGUUCACAUGCCGUAUUGGCGCGAUUGGAUGUUCGCAUGCCCGUCUGUCUUUCUCACUGGUGAAGUUUUACAUACCUGCAUCAAGUUUUUUGCAGAUCAUCCGCUCAAUUGGAUCAAGGAGACAGUAGGGAAACCUGAGCUCGAUGCUCGCUUCAUGGUUCAGCAUAAGCGGGUGGGAACACAUCACUUCACCAAAGGUGUCACCCAUGUCAACCAAAUGACAGGACGGGAGCACCGAGAUAUCCAAUGCACCAUUGUCGCUUCAAUCGCAGGUGUUGCUCCACCCAAAUUCAUUCGUGCCAUUCGCGCCCUUGUGGAGUUCAUCUAUCUUUCGCAGAAUCCAGUUCAUUCUCCUGAUUCCCUACAGUCAAUGGCGCAAGCACUUUCAGAUUUUCAUGUGUUCAAGGAUGCUAUUGUCAAUGCUGAGGCAAGGAGGGGAAAGAAAGGCGUUAAAGAAGAUUUUUUUAUCCUGAAACUCGAGCUAUUGCAAAGCUUUGGAGGCACAGUUGAGAGACUGGGCACUUUGAUGCAGUUUUCAGCUGACAUGACAGAGCGCUUACUCAUCACACACUGCAAGCAUCUCUUUGGGCGCACAAACUGGCGAUCCACCGAUUUUACAGAGCAGUGCAUACGGAUCCUCAACCGCCAGGAGUCAAUGGAGUUAUUCAACUUGUAUGCGUUAUUCUAUUCUCGUGGCGCGUCACUCGUCAAUGCCAUAUGUAUGGAAGAUGAGGAAGUGACAACUGUUAAUCCAGCACUUUCCUGGGUUUCUCAUGUUCUCCCUGAUGAAGCACAUUCUGUUCAUGGACCUCGGCCAGUUUGGAAUCAUUUUCUCAAGGGCAUUCUUUCUGGAGAUGCUCACACUGCUUUCCAUCUGACUUCGACGCCAGAUUACAAGGCUCUGACACCCAUCGCUAUUGAAACCAAAUAUUCACUUGUUAAUUUCGGUCACACACUCUCUCAGUUUAUCAAUCAGCUAUCCCUCCUCACCGGCGAGCAUACCCACUGGGACCACAAAUACGGACACUUUUGCGCAUGGAACAAAUUUCGACUACAGCUUCACUCUGCUUUCCAGCCACAAGUCAUCAUGCCAAGCAGAGUGAUACAAGCAUACCCACCAAGUGAUGCAUUCCCCCUUGGAAACUGUGACACUGUCCUAAUCAAUGUCACGGAUGAUGGUGGCCAAAGUAGUAAGUUUAUUCUUGCAGUUCCGAAGAUUCCACGGACUUCUGACUUGGUGUUGCCAACGUUCCUCUCCAGUCCACUCCUCUACGUCCAAUUCUUUCACUUUGUCACUAAUCCCAGUGACCGUCCGGAACUUGCAAUGUGGACAGUAGAGCGCACAUACACGAUAGACCAACAUGGCAAACGUUGUAGGUGUGGUGGCGUGAUAUCAUUGACGGAUGUAACACAUGCUGUCAAAUUGAUACCAGAAUAUGGUAACAAGGUAGAUGCAAAGAUUUCUUCGGCCACUUGUUUGGAGAGCUAUGACCGGUUUUUUCUUAACAGUUUCGCGGAUAAGGAGAGCUAUCAUACAUUCAGCACGGAGUUCACAUAG